AUGCCCUUCCCACCUGCGCCCCCACGCACCCGCUCCGUGCUGCCGGGGGCCGCCGUCGCGAUCCCACCCGUAACCGCACCCUCCAGAGUCGCAGCCAUGGGCGCUCAAGGGCACGGCCCGGCCACCGAGCCUAGCACGGAACCACUAUCCCGGCAUCGGGCGCGCAGGCCGCUCCCCCACACGCAGCGGCCGCCGCCUCCCGCCCCCGUGCCCAAGCUGGCAGCGCGCUGCGCGCGGGCGGGGCGGGGCGGGCGGCGGCCUGCGGGGCGCGCGGGGGGAGGGCGCGGCGCGGGGGGAGGGGCGGCGGCGGCGGCGGCCGUUCCGCCCCGCCCGCACUCACCGCAGCGGCCGCGCGCACCGGGCGCGCUCCCGCAGGCCGCCCGCGCCGCGCGGGCCGGGCGCGCGGGGCCCGCUCCGCUCCCGGCGCUUCCGUUACCGGCGGCCGCGGAGGGCGGGGUCAGCGCCUCGGUGGCCGCGCGCCAUUGGCCCGUCGGGGGCAGGCAUGCAAAUGAAGGCGGGGGCGGAGCCGCUGUCGUGACGCGGGGAGGGGAUGGGGAGGGCCCAGGGCCAGGGCCAGGGCCGGUUCCUGGGCCCGUCCCUGGGCCCGUCCCUGGGCCGCGGUGUCAGCGCUGCCUCCCGUACCGGCGCCGGCACAGUCCCGACCCCAACACCGCCUCCAGCCCUAGUCCCAGUGCCAGAAACAGUCCAAACUCCUGUCCAGUGCCAACACCAGUACCAGGCCUACUUCCACUAUCAAUACCACUGCCUAUGCCAGUGCCAGCACCAGCCCCAGUUCCAGCACCAGUCCCAGUUCCAGCACCAGUCCCUGUUCCAAAACCAGUCCAAGUACCUGUACCAGUACAAACACCAGGCCCAGUGCCAGUAUCAAUACCAGUUUAG